AUGUUUAAUGCUUCCUUACUUUGUGCCUCAUUGGAAGCUGGGGAAUAUCAAGGUGGAUAUUUGUUAGGUGACAGGGCUUAUAGCUGUAAAGAAUAUUUAUCAACACCCCUUUUAAAUUCAAACACUGUAGCUGAGACUAACUAUAAUUCAGCUCAUAUUCAAACCAGAAAUUGCAUAGAGCGCUCAUUUGGAGUUUGGAAAAGAAGGUUUGCUUGUCUUUCUCUAGGCCUUCGAACUAAACUGGAGACCAGUUUGCUAGUGAUUGUGGCAACAGCAGUGUUGCAUAAUAUUGCGUUAGUUAAAAGCGAUUAUUUUGAAGAUGGUGUUGUAGAAGAAAAGUUGGUUGAAGAUAUCAUUUUACCUAAUGUUCAGCACAAUGCAGGAGGCAACGCACUUAGAAGGAGUUUAAUUGAAAAUCAUUUCAGAUAG